AAGAAUGGUAUUCUAUUUUGUGUUCUGUAUCUUAGCUUCACUCUUGUGAUGCCAGCAGGCACUGUGGUUCAUUUCAGAUGAUGUGUCUAAGAUGGCGUUCCUGACCAUGACCUUGCACCAGGGUGGAACCACCCGAAUGUAUGCACUCACAUCUGAUGCGCAGCCUCCGCUGCUCAGCACCUUCAGUGGAGACCGCCGCUUCUCACGGUUUGGUGGUGUUCUGCACUUGAGUGACUUGGAUAAUGAUGGCUUGGAUGAAAUCAUCAUGGCAGCCCCGCUGAGGAUAGCAGAUGUAACCUCUGGACUGAUUGGGGGAGAAGAUGGCCGAGUUUAUGUCUAUAAUGGCAGACACACUACCCUUGGUGACAUGACGGGCAAAUGCAAAUCAUGGAUAACUCCAUGUCCAGAAGAAAAG